GGUCAUCCUAGUGUCCCCGCCAUAUAUAUAUAUACAUAUAGUGGCCACCAAAGAGAUUACUUAGACAAAAACAACAAAGUAUAGUAAGCUGAAGAAAAUUGAGCAUGGUGCUUCCAAAAUCUAACCUUCUCUUACUAUUUUUUGCCCUUCUGCAAUCAGCUUCAUGUAUUGUUUCAACAGCUGCAAUUCUUGACGAUUUCAUAAAAUGUGUCUCAGUUUAUUCAAACCUUUCAAUUCCGAUCUCCAAAGCAUUUUUCACCCCAAGCAAUUCUUCAUUCACCUCCGUCCUACAAUCUUCUGCACAAAACCUUAGGUAUUUGAUGCCUUCAGUUCCAAAGCCUGAUUUCAUAUUCACACCAUUCGACGAUUCCCAUGUCCAAGCUGCUGUCAUUUGCUCGAAACAGCUCGAUAUCCACCUUCGAGUCCGAAGUGGAGGCCAUGACUAUGAGGGCCUCUCUUACGUCUCUGCAAUGGAGAAGCCUUUCGUCAUUGUAGACCUCAAAAAACUUCGAUCGAUCCACGUCGAUAUCAAUGAUAACAGCGCUUGGGCUCAAGCCGGAGCCACUGUCGGUGAAGUUUACUACAGAAUUGCUCAGAAAAGCAGAGUCCAUGGCUUCCCCGCUGGACUCUGCAACAGCUUAGGCAUUGGUGGGCAUAUAACCGGUGGAGCAUACGGCUCAAUGAUGAGAAAAUAUGGGCUUGGUGCUGAUAAUGUGGUGGAUGCUCGUAUCGUAGAUGUUACUGGGAGAAUUCUUGAUCGAGCAGCCAUGGGAGAAGAUCUCUUUUGGGCAAUCAGAGGUGGAGGAGGAGCGAGUUUCGGAAUCAUUCUCUGGUGGAAGAUUAGACUGGUACCUGUUCCAGCUACUGUAACUGUUUUCACAGUGACUAAGACGUUGGAGCAAGGUGCGACAAAGAUACUGCAUAGAUGGCAAGAAAUUGUUGAUAAGCUUGAUGAAGAUCUGUUUAUUAGAGUCAUCAUACAGCAAGCCAGUGGUGAUGGUGGGAAGAAAACAAUCUCAACGGCUUACAAUUCUCUGUUUCUUGGAGACACUGAUAGACUGCUUAAAAUUAUGGAACAGAGCUUCCCUGAAUUGGGUUUGAAAAGAAAAGAUUGUACUGAAACAAGCUGGAUUGAAUCUGUUCUUUACAUUGCUGGAUACCCAAGUGGAACUGCUCCUGAAGUUCUUCUCCAGGGGAAAUCUACAUUCAAGAACUACUUCAAAGCCAAAUCGGAUUUCGUCAAAGAUCCUAUACCCGAAACCGCUCUUGAAGGUCUAUGGAAAAGAUUGUUGGAAGAAGAUAAUCCAUUGACUAUUUGGACUCCAUACGGAGGGAUGAUGAGCAAGAUUUCGGAGAAUGAAAUCCCUUUCCCUCACAGAAAUGGAACCAUUUUCAUGAUCCAGUACCUGAGUUUGUGGUCAGACGAAAAUGAAGACGCGGAGAAGCACAUAGAUUGGAUUAGGAAGCUAUAUAACUACAUGGGUCCUUACGUUUCAAUGUUUCCAAGAGAAGCUUAUGUGAACUACAGAGAUCUUGAUCUUGGGAUGAACAAGAAGAGCAGCACAAGCUUCAUAUUGGCAAGUGUUUGGGGAAACAAGUAUUUUAAGGACAACUUCAACAAAUUGGUAAAGAUAAAGACCAAAGUUGAUCCUGAUAACUUCUUCAGGCAUGAGCAGAGCAUACCACCCCUUUCACCUAACAAUCACUGCAUGGAUGAGCUAGAAAAAGAUAUAUGGUGAAGAGCAAUAUAUUGAGAUACAUAGUUGUUUCUCGUUUUAUUCUUUUAACAAUAAUGGCUUAUAUAAUUUUUAUUGUGGCCAAAAUUAAAAUUAACAAAGAAGGCCCUGUAAUUAUAUAUUUUGGUUUGCAGUUGUUGCAGUAGAUAAGUGAUGCAAUUGGUUUGUAUUUUUCCUUCUUUCUUUGAAUAUAUAAUGCUUUACAUUGUAGAUUUUUGCUA